AUGCUCUAUGUAACGUUUCCGGAUAAUCUCGAAUCGCUCGUCGUCACACAAAACAGUGUCCAAGUAGAAGGCGAAAAAUUCACAGUCGAUGAGACCGGUCCUUCGCGCAAUCGAACACACUUAGCGAAGUUCUUGAAAUCGACGCAAAAUGAGAAAGAGAAAACUUUUAUCGCAGCGAAGAGUGAUGAUCUUGAAUGGCUCUGGAAGCCCGUGAUUGAAGAUUUGCUAAGCGUCAGUGGUGGUUCCGUUUGUCUUGUUUCUGCUUCGGAGCUUAAUGAGAAUCCACGUUCGCUUCUUUCAGGCUGUCUCAAUGCGUCCGAAGAAGUGCUCGCCAAGAGCUCAAAAGAAGUGAUCGAAUACUUCAACCAAGCUGUUCGUGCCAGGGACAGUCUCAGUAUACGACACGCCGCGAUACUUUCCGUCUCAAGAAAUGGAUACUCGCUCAAUUUUAUCAUCUAUCCACCUGGUCAAAAUGUGCCGCCGAGAGGGAUCCAUUCAUCCGCUGCCUUGCUCAUUCUCACCGAUAGCAAUUUGGAUAAAGCUUUCUUCAAAUUUCAUGAAAUGAUGAAAAGCAUGAAAGAUGUCAAAAGAGGCAGCGCUAGGUCAAUUCGGAAAGAAAUCUCGGAGCUGAACAAGGAUCUGAGCCGGCAGAAGCGAGCUGAUAACGACCAACGAAAAAAUAUGCUAUCUCUUCUAACACGAUUAAAAACGACGAAAGAAGUCGAUGAAGAAGCCCGAAUCGCCGCAGCGAAGAAGUUCAUGGCGGUUCGUGCUCAAAAGCUCCAGCGGAACGGUUUGAUGUGGGCGUUGGAAAGCAAAGAGACGGACCAUGACGUGAAGCUCGCCCAAGAAUAUCAGGCUCUCCGGCUCGACCUUGAAUCUGCAAGGACAGAACUGGCCCGCAUUAAAAAUGGUGGAGACGCACGUGAAACUAAUCUGGCUUUGAUUCAGGUCAGAGCAAAAGAGUCCCAUCUUGCCGCGUGCGACGCCAAAAUUCAAAAUGAUUCCGUCAAAGUCCUACAUCACCAGCUAAGAUCAAAACGAGAAGCCCAACGAACAAAUCACGCGUCCAACAUCUCCAAACUUCAACAAUCUGGUGCAGAAGACCACGAACUACUAGUAACGCAUGUAGAAGCAAUGAAACGACUGAAUUUGGCGCUGGAAAAAGAUCUAGAUACAGUUGUGGAGCACCACGAGCACGUCCUAGCUCAGCAAAAACAGCGACAGAUCGAGACCCUCCACAAAUUCCAAAAACUAAUAGAAGAGAACUACUCGGACAAGUUGCUCAAAAUGGAAUGUCUGCUGCACGAGCUCAUUACGGAUCAACUCAAAGACUGA